GAGUACACCGGGUGGUGGCGCCUGGUUUCGGCUUUUUUUGCUUUCGAUUUUUUUGGGGACUCGGAUUUUUGGGGGAAAGUUUUUUGCGCCUUUUGGGCAUUCAAUUAGUUUAGUUAGCGAGUUGCUUUGGUCUAGGCAAAAUGGCUAGAAGCGUCGGGUUGCGUUUGGCUGUUUUGGCAUUGAUGGUAGGUUCGGUUUUUGCCUAUCAGGUUAAACCCCGGAACUAUGAGAAGAUCGUCCAGCAGCAGAAGAGGUUCAAUGAGAAAUUCGAGCAAGAGUUCCUGGAAGAGCACCUAAGGUACACUGAAACAGGCAAGAAGUCGGACCGACUUCAGGAGAUGUUUGAGUAUCUUCGUCAGAAACCGGAUAUGUACCGGCAAGAGUUGGAGAAUCAUCCACUUCCGUAUGUAACCACUGAGUGUACUGCUUGUAGAGCUCUUUUCACGACCUAUCUAACGUAUCGACGGGUGUUGAAUUGGGAUCGGGCUCGGAUCGCUGCUCAAGCUGCCUCGACCUGUGAGUCAAUGAACAUUUUGACCCCGGAAAACUGCGUCAAGAUCAUCGACAAGAAUAUCGACAUCUUCCUGCACAUCAUCGAUAACCGGCCGAAUUUGUCAGCCCAGACUAUGUGCGGUAUUAUCUUUCAAUCCGGAGCCUGUGUUUUGGAAGAUCGGGAAUUCCUCGACUGGACUAUCAACGUAGCAGCUGGAGGUACUCCGAUCACCCAAUCUAAAAGUGGACCAUCUCGUUCAGCCAACGAUAUCAAGAUUGUACAUCUGACGGAUCUGCACUACGAUCCUCACUAUAGAACUGGAUACAAUGCCGUUUGUGAUGAUCCUUGCUGUUGUCGACAAGGUCAAGGAAUUCCGGCAGAUCCCGCAAACGGAGCUGGCGAAUGGGGAGACUAUCGCGAUUGCGACUCUCCGUGGAAGGCCGUUGAAGACGCUGUUCGCCAAGCUGCUCGAAGCCAUCCGGAUGCCACCUACGUUUACCAUACCGGAGAUAUAGUCGAUCACGGAGUUUGGGAAACGACCGUACCUGGAAACAUCGCCUCGAUCACUCGUACCAUGAACCUGCUCAGAGAUUCUUUCCCCGGAAAACCGAUCUACAACGUUUUGGGUAACCACGAGAUUACUCCGACCAACGUAUUCGCUCCUAGUCACGUGACCAUUGCCGAUUUCUCACCCAGCUGGGUCUACAGCCUAGUUGCGGAACAGUGGUCGCAGUGGCUACCGGCUGACACCCGAGCAACCAUUACCCAAGGUGGUUACUACACGGUCCUAGUUCGGCCAGGUUUCCGUAUCAUCGGUCUUAACAACAACGAUGCCUACGUCUUCAACUGGUGGCUCAUGUACGACCCAGCCUAUCUCCGGAACCAACUACAAUGGCUUCACGACACCCUCCUCAGAGCCGAGCAGGCCAACGAAAAGGUCCACAUCCUGGCACACAUUCCUUUCGGAGCCGGAACCUGCUUCGUCACCUGGAGCCGUCAGUACCGCAGGAUUUUGGAACGUUUCUGGAACACCGUUCAAGCUCACUUCCACGGACACACCCACGCCGACGAGUUCAACGUAUUCUACUCCCAGAACGGACAGCACGCCAUCAACGUCGGCUUCAACGGAGGUGGUACCGUACCCUUCAGCAACUUCAACCCGAACUACGUCGUGUACUACGUCAAUCCAACUACCUAUGAAGUUACCGAUUUCGAGUCGUUAUACUUCAACCUGACCGAGGCCAACAUGUUCCCGACUCGUAACCCGGCCUGGAAACCACUUUACUCCUUUGCCCGAGACUUCAACGUCCCUAACGUAUCGCCAGCAGCCCUCGAUACACUAGCGCGUCGUUUCGGAUCAAAUCCGGCAGAACUACAUCGCUACUGGGAGAAGAAGGUCAAGUACGGAGAUCCGUUCCUGGAGAUGGGCUGCGAUGGAGACUGUCUGAUGGGUCACCUGUGCGAUAUUGUGUCGAACGAGGCUAACGACGAUCGGAAGUGCAACGAGCUGGUGGCGCUGUUCCGCGAGGUUCCCGAUGAGCUGUGGGAUUUUAAGAAGUGAACUGAAUAAUAUUAAUGGUUUUUAUAAAAUCGGCUUUUGAUAUAAAUCAAGCAACAA